GGAUGAGGAGAAGGGGGGAUGUGCCAGGCAACUCUCGCCAUCUUGCGCUCGUUUCCAGAAACGUAGACGUGAAAUUUGGAUUUGUAGCAUGUGCUAAAGCAGCAGGUGCCGUGCGUAGGCAUCUCGAACAGUCAGCCUUGAGCGGCGACGGAACACGGGCGGAUCUGACGAACCGUGACGUAGCUCUGCCCCUCCCGUCCCUGUGUGAGAAUAGCGAAGGCGUGGCCCGUGACACAUCACUCUCCGGCUUUCCUUCUUGCCGCUGUUUGGCGCGUUUUCCCGAGUUGUGCUAGAGUGAUUUGUUUUGUGUUCUGUUAAAACUAAUUAACGUUUGUGCAAACUAUUAACUUAGUAUUUCUGUUAUCCAAUUACUAUAAUCUUUACUGUUUAGCUGUUAAAUUUAAAAUUGGAGCUGUUGAAACCUGCACAUUUAAUCACAUGAUCACAUGGAUAUUCACAGUGAUUGAAAAAGGAUACAAAAUUACUGAAAUAAGAACCUACAAUUUCCAUAUAUUCCACAAAUGUCUGUUGACAAAGAAGAGCUGGUUCAGAGGGCGAAGCUUGCAGAGCAAGCUGAGCGCUAUGACGACAUGGCAGCUGCAAUGAAAGCAGUAACAGAGACAGGCGUUGAGCUCUCAAACGAAGAGCGGAAUCUGUUGUCAGUGGCAUACAAGAAUGUAGUAGGAGCACGUAGGUCAUCGUGGAGAGUUAUUUCUUCGAUUGAGCAGAAGACAGAAGGCUCGGAGAGGAAACAGCAGAUGGCCAAAGAGUACAGAGAAAAGGUUGAAAAAGAAUUGAGAGAAAUCUGCUAUGAUGUUCUGGGUCUCCUUGAUAAAUACCUGAUUCCUAAGGCCAGCAAUGCAGAAAGCAAAGUAUUUUAUCUCAAAAUGAAGGGUGACUACUACAGGUAUCUCGCAGAAGUUGCAACAGGAGAAACAAGAAACACUGUUGUGGAAGACUCCCAGAAAGCGUACCAAGAUGCGUUUGAAAUAAGCAAGGCCAAAAUGCAGCCAACCCAUCCAAUCAGGCUUGGCCUGGCAUUAAAUUUCUCCGUCUUCUAUUAUGAAAUCCUCAAUUCACCAGAUAAAGCAUGCCAGUUAGCGAAGCAGGUUGGUCAAAUGUGUACAUUUAAGGUGUUUGUGAAGGAUGGGUCAUGAACUUUGAACUAAAGUUAACCAAGUUCAUGGCCAAUUUUUCAUAGAGCUUCAAUCUUUUUUGGACAGGCAGUGCUCUCAUGUGGCUGGUGGGAAAAACACAAUAGGUAUGAAAGAGAAGUUGCUUUUAAGUGGUCCUGUUUUUAACUAACUUAAUGUAAUUUAUUUCACCAAUUAACCACUUUAUUUUAAUGUUUAAGGUAAUUUUAUUACGCUGAUGUACACCAAUAUCCUUGCAGAAUUUGAAUAUCGGUAAUAACUAUUUUUACAGGAUCUGAAAUUCAGUGAGCAAUUUUUCGUUCAUACUACCUAUCCGGACUAUUAGAAGAAACUUGCUUUUUGAAAGCUAACUUUGAUUUUUUUUUUCCCUACCUCUUUGUCAGCGGUAGUCGACGAUUCUCAGAAAGCCUACCAAGAGGCAUUUGACAUUGCUAAGUCAAAAAUGCAGCCAACACAUCCAAUUCGACUUGGGCUUGCCCUGAAUUUUUCAGUUUUCUAUUAUGAAAUAAUAAAUUCACCAGCAAGAGCUUGUCAUCUGGCAAAGCAGGUAGGCUAGUGUGGAAAUUCCUGCCUGGUUUGUGUAUAAAAACAACUAACUGUUCAAAGUAAAAAAAGAAAAUAAAUCAGAAUUUACUCGGAUUGUGGUGUGAACGGACUCCAAUCUUCAAUAGUAACGUACUAAUAGCAUGCCUAUGUUUUAUGCAUGGGAAAUUUAUUUCAAGCCGUUCAACCGGAUGCAUCUGAGUGUUGCGCUAGAGUAACAGGCUGAGUCAGUUUGCCUUAAGUAAUCCAGGGAAUUUUUGUAUGAACAGAUGGCUCACCAAUUUUUACAAAAAGUUAAUUUCAUAGUUCAAUAAACUUUAUGUUACGUGUAGUGUAGCUGUUUGUUGAGGUACACAAUAUUCAUAGAACUAUUAAAAAUAAUUUUUAAUUAGUAUGAGAUUGCUAAUUCUUCUAAGAAUUUUGGAUGUAAGUUUAUUACAACAGUUUUUGUAUUAUCAGAAUUUGGUAAUAAAAAAGGUUUGCAUAAUCAUGUAACUGUUUUACAGAUAGUUAAAUUAUCUGGAUUUGAAUGAAAAUCUUUGUCAGCAGUUUUGAGAUUUAGCCAAUUAUAAUUUGUGUUUGGUGACUAGCAUAUAAUUGAGUCAAUAUUUGGUUUCCAAUAAAUUUUACAAUCAUUAAAAACUGUUAUGUGUUUUAUUGCCGUUAACUAUUACCGUGUUUUAUCGCUUAAUCAUCUGUUAUUUUAGAGCAUCAAAAUUUUCUUACGUGAAAUUUGCAUGAUUUUGGUCAUGCUGUAAGAUUCUAAGCACUUUCUGUAAGUAGUGAACAUGACCUUGCCAAAGGUCACAGGACAAAAGUACUAUGCUACAGCAUUUGGUUUUCAAGUUGCUGUCGAACAGUGUGGUAGUUAUAAUGGAAAACUAUAGUAAUUGCAAUUACAGAAACUCGUUUGUAAGAUGUGCCUGCACAAUAGUUUCCUGUCUAAUAUGAUCAUUUUUUUUUCUUUCACCAUUUUAUUUUAAAGUUGAAAUCCAUUAGUCAUUAGGGUAUUACCAGUUACUUAUUUGACAUAAAUAGUUGUUUUAUGUCUAAAUAUUCUUUAAAGACAUUGUAAGCGUUAAUUUUUUUUGUUUUAUUUAUGUAGCGCACAUAUAAAUGAUGCUAGCACUAGUUGGCAUCAUUAUGUUUGGUUAUGUUGAUGCCCAUAUAGAGUUUGCGCACGUAGUCAAAUAUCGAUAUCUUGCCAAUUGCAUGCAAUGCACAUGCACUCUGUGUGCAGAGUAAACUGCAUUUGAUAGCAUUCACUGUUUGUGGUUAGUGUGUCAACGAUACUUAUGGAAACACUUUGUUAGUUCUGGCUCAAGUUUAUUUCUCCAUUAAGUUUAGGAAAUAUGUUUUGUUGCACUCCUAAUUUAUUUGAACAGUUAUUCAUGCUUUUUAUUACUCUUCUUUUUAAUUAAACGUACUUCCAAUGCAACAUGUUUUGUUUAUGUGAAAAACAACCUCGGCAAAAUUGCUUUUCUCGCGUAAAAGUCGAACCCCUACUUUUCAAACUGAUUUUAGCAUAAAAUGUGCAACAGUUAUACAAUAAAACACUGUUAUAACAUUUUUAUAAAUCUUCUAAUUUAUGAGGUAUUCCAAGUAAAUAUCUAACAUUCACAUACCUGCCUAUGCUAAGCUCCUUAUGACUAUUUCUUUGCAGUAUAGUGUGUUUUGUAGUUGCAAAGGAUUUUCAUUUAUCAGAUGAGUAUUUUGUACUUAUCAUUAAUCGCACCUUGCUGGCUGGUUAAUAUUGCCUGCAGUAAAUAUGAGAAAUAUACUUGUAUCGGCAAAAAAAUCUUUUACACAAAAGUUUGAUUCUAUUACUUGAGAAUGCUUUCACGUGUCUUCUCUUUAUUAGUAAAUUUACAAAAAAAAAAAAAAAUUCUAUACUUGUGCUUAGGGACGACUAUAAACUUUUGUAGUUUUCCAUUUCUAACAUAACCUUUUUCAUCAGCCAUUUUGGGAACUAGUGCUGCCUGAAAAUAUAGGGCUUAUCUUUAGAACAAUUCAGUUUAUUCUUACAAAGUUUGGUAUGAAAUUAAAGCUAUGGUAGUUGCCAAUCCACAUCAUUUAAUGGCAAUUAUAAAAGCCCCAAUAACAUUUUUGUGGGACAGUAACUGAUAUUCAGUCAAGUGUAGUGUACUAUCAGUGGAAUGGAGCACAAAGAUAAAUUUUAUGUUAAACAUGUCUCAUUUUUCUAAUUGUAUGAAGUUUUUCAAGAAAUAUCUUAAACCACUUAUUUCUACCAAACUUUGUAAGUAUAUAGUGCAUAGUAAGUGCAUGCAGUUUAUUGAAAUAGUUUUACAGUUCAUGAUGGAACUGACAUAUUAAAAAGUAUGUAAUCUUAGAUUAAACUGUUUAAAGACUCAUUUACUCUAAAAUUAGUGCAUUUGUGUACAACUAACAUUUAUAUUUUGUAUUAGUUGAAAUCAUUAAACAAAGUUUUGAAAUCUUAAUUUUUCUUUUAAUAUGUUUAACAGGAUGUCUACUGUCAGUCAGUCCCAAAAGUGUCAUAAAUAGUUAAUUUUCUUUGGUUGAAGUCCUAAGAAUGUUUUUCAAAUGAUGUGGUCCAGAGUAAGUGCAACUUCUUUGUACACUAACAAGAAUAUUCGUGUAUGCUAUUCAAUGUUAAAAUGGGUUCACAUACUUACCUACUUAUACAAUUUACACAUAACAUUUAGGGAAAAUCGUUUAGUUGUAUGUUUUUAGUCCUUAUCUGGUUUCCCAAAAUUUUAAUGUUACUAAAAUAAAUUAGUAAGCUUUUGAUAUCAUUUCAGCAUUGGGAUAUCAAGGUCAAAUAAACAGAAGGGGGGGGAAAAAAUGUUUUUCUUCACUGGCUGCCACAAGCAUAUUGUAAAAGUAUUUUAAAUUUUUUAUUGAUUUUUGUGGGCUUUGGCUGUUUGAUAUCUGCAGUCCAGAUUGAGUGAAUUAGUACGCAAAAUUUUGAUGCUGUGGUUAUGAGAUGUAUUUAUUUUAGUGUGUGCAGUAAUUGCUUUUGCUAUGUGGUUCUACUUGAAUAUUUUAGUUGCUUGUAUUGUAAUUAAGAUUGGUGGCAAUACCUUUUUUCAUGUUUGCAAUAAUAUACCUUCUGAAAGGUUUGUCAAUGCAGUCAUUAGAAGUGUGUUCACGUUUUUAAUUAAUUGACAAACGUAACCUAUUGUUGAGUAUGGCCGACCAUGCAGGCAGGGCAUCUGCUGAAGAAAAUGUUUCCAUCGACGUGAAGCAAUACAGUUGUAUCAGAACACAAACAUCUGCAAUUUUUAUAGAUUACUUAAAAUGCUACAGAGUAUAUUGUGAUCCAUUUGCAAUUGGCCCUUUUUGUCUGCCCACCGAUGAUAAUGAUUCGGAGACAUAAUUUCAAAAUAUACAUAAUAAACAUGCCACUCCCACUUACGGCAGGAGAUUCCAGAUUUUCAACCUGAUCUCCUGCCCUCCCGAUAAGGAAUUUGAAUCUCCAGCUUUGUGUUUUGAGUUCUUGUGGUUUGUAGUUUUAAUGCCAUACAUUAUUAUGGCAUUCAUACCAUAACUUCGGACUAUUCAGUAUGACGUACAUAGGCAUUAUAGGUGGUACCAUAACUUGUAAGAACAGUUGCAUAAAUCUUUGGCUUAAAAAAACGCAUCUGCGGUGCUAGCUAACAUUGGUGGUUGUGGAAAUUUUGGGAUUUUUUUGUACGCACUUGUGUUUAUCUAAUAAUAAAAGGUUUCAUAGAUGAUCUAAGAGAGGCCUGCCACCAAAUUAGGUUCCAAAAUCCUGUAAAAUUUACAGCCUUAAUUGACAAUUUAUUUUUAUUAAUUGUUUUUAAGUAUUCAUUGCAUUUCAAAACAAAAUUUAAAAAAAAUAAAAUGAAUGUAAAAAAUUAAUACGAGGGUUAUUUUUUUUUCAACCUCCGAUCGGCUGUAAUAAAGAAACGGGAAUGAAUUGGGGAAUUAUUUUAAUGUCAAAAGAAACAUACAUCUUUACUCUAUUUUUCCACAUAAUCACCGUGCAGAUUGAGGCAUUUGUCAUACCGAUGCACCAGCUUUCCAAUACCCUCUGCAUAAAAUGAUGCCUCCUGCCUAUUCAGCCAUGUUUUAACAGUGCUCUGCAGUUCAUCAUUGGUGUUGAAGCGUCGUCCUCCAAGCCACAUUUUCAACGUAAGGAAAAGGUGAUAGUCACUCGGUGCCAAAUCCGGACUGUAAGGAGGGUGAUCAAACACAACUGAGGUGUGAGUUGGCCGCUCCACGUGGUUGGUGGAAGGGGGUAAACACUACGAGACGUGUCGAUUCGUGUACGAGCGAUUAGGGUAUCGAUUAAUGGGCAUGCCAUGGAGAAAUGAAACUGUAAUCACACUGCAGGGCACUGUUAAAACGUGGCUGAAUAGACAGGAGGCAUCAUUUUAUGCAGAGGGUAUUGGAAAGCUGGUGCAUCUGUAAGACAAAUGCCUCAAUCUGCACGGUGAUUAUGUGGAAAAAUAGAGUAAAGAUGUACGUUUCUUUUGACAUUAAAAUAAUUUCCCAAUUCAUUCCCGUUUUUUUAUUACAGCCGAUCGGAGGUUGAAAGAAAAAUAACCCUCGUAUUUGCCACUUACAUUACAAAACUAAUAGUUUGUAUCAUAAUAAAAUGAAAAGUAAUUUAAAAUUUCUCUUCAGUAUAGACUUUGGUGCUUUUCUUAUUUACAAACUAUAAAUACAUCCAUACAACUGAUGUUAUUUACAAAAAAAAUGUAUUUCGCAUCAUUAACUAGCUACUUUUUCAUGUUCUGUGCUCUUUUCCGCAUCUCGUCAGUGGGCUUGAAAGCCAGACCUGCAGAUGUUCUCAUUCUGCAAUGCAACAGUGCAUUUAACAUUGGUGAUUCCAAUGAUGAUCUGUGAGCAGUUUUAACCAUCUUGAGAUUGCUGAAAACUUUUCACAGCAGCAUUGCUGUGGGGAAGAAUUAUCAUGGUUUUUGCAAGU